AUGAAUACUAAAAAUUCUAAAAAACUUGCAAAUGAUAAAAUUUUCACUAGUGCUAAACAGGGCCGUAAAAAAAAGGAAAUUAAUCAUUCUAAUAAUAAUAAUAGUCGAAAAAAAAUACAAAAAACAGUUACACUUUCGUCUUCACAGAUAAUCAACGAACUUAUCAAUGGUGAUAAUAAUGUUCAAGGUCAUAAAAAGAAACAAGAAGCAGUUGCAUCUUCAUCUUCACAAAUAAGUGAUGAACUUUUAAAUAAUUCUGAUAACUUACAAGAUAACGAUUACUUUCUUGUUGAUGAUUUUCAAGUUACACUUUUAAGAAAGUCAUCAACUCUAGAAUCAAACUCCUCUAAUAAUAUGCUUGGCCAUUUUGAUCUUAAUAAUAUACUUGCAAAUUGUAUGAAUUUUUCAAUGCAAACUCCAGCUGCAGAUAGCUCACGAUUUACACUCUCUAUUCUUUCAGCAAUAUCAACUACAAUAUCAAAUCCAUAUGAUAAGCUUCAAAUAGCUACAAAACAUUUCGGUGAUUUCCAUAACAAAUUAAUUAAUAAUGUUGAAAAAUUAGUGAAAGAAUUCAAAGAAAAAAGAACUUGUUCUAUAACAAGUCCUUUACAAAAAGAAGAAAUCAUCGCCUUUGUGGAUGAAUCUACAACUAUUAAUAUGUUAAAUCAGUGGUUGAGUACAACAAAUAUGGACAAAUUACGUGCUCAAAAUUCAAUAUCAUAUUUAUGCACAUUUAUUCAAAGUACAUUUACUGUUAAUUAUAUAUCAAGAAACUUUGAAGGAACAAAAGCAUUAGAUAGAUUAACAAAGAAUAUUGCCGUUCUAUUACGAAAUGGCAAAAAUUUCGCUAGCAAUAUUUAA